CGGACCCUCUCUUGAAGAACUUGGACAUCCUGCAUCCAUUUGCCAAUGUUUUGGACUUCCUCUUAGCCACUUUAUGGUUUUAUGGUGUCGCACGUCGGAAGAACUAUACGGAUUUCUUUUUUUGGGUACAGAGUCCAGUUCAGUGAGCCACCAAACGAUGGCCAACACGCAUCGGGAGUCCGUCCAAGCAGGCCUCAAGGAAGAGGAUGACGAGGACAAGAUGGUGGACAUAUUACAGGAAAGAAGAGACAGCAGCGACCUGGGCCACGCCUUCAGGACCUUCAACCCCCGCCCGUACAAAGGUGCGCCGCCCUGCUCUGUUGCCGACCUCAACAGGGCCGUGCUGGGCUCGGAGGAUGUACGCCGCGUGAUGGAAGAGGUCGCCAUGGAGACGGGGUCGUCACUGGAGGCGGUGACGGAGGAAGCUGGGGGUAUUCUAAAGGAGAUGUCCCAAAACUUGCAGCUGGGCUUCGUCCGUCUAAUGGGCUACAUGCUCAGCAAAGUGCUGAAGCGCAUCUACUCCAGCAUCUACGUCAACAUGGACGCUCUGCACCUGCUCCAGCGGGUCGUGGAGGACACGCCCGUCAUCCUGCUGCCCAACCACAGGAGCUACACGGACUUCCUGGUUAUCUCCUACAUCAUGUUCACUUAUGACAUCCCGCUGCCUGUCAUUGCUUCUGGACUGGCCCUGGCCAGGAUGAACUUCGUGGGCGAGAUGCUGCGUCGCUCCGGUGCGUUCUACAUCCGUCGGGACAUCGCCUCCAACAGGCUGUACUGUGCGGUGCUGUCCGAAUACGUCAAAAGUCUGGUCAGGAGAGGAUUUGCUCCGGUGGAGUUUUACAUUGAAGGCUACCGGAGUCGCUCCCUGAAAUCUUUGACACCCAAGCUAGGUAUGAUGCGCAUGGUGCUGGAGCCCUUCCUGAAAGGUGAGGUGCACGACAUCACCUUUGUGCCAAUCAGCAUCAGCUACGACCGCGUUCUAGAAGAAUCUCUGCUGGCUCGGGAACUGCUGGGGAUCCCCAAGCCUCGAGAGAGUACCUUGAGCCUGCUGAAGGUCAGCUGGGUCCUGAAGGAGGACUACGGCUGCAUGCACGUCAGCUUUGGGCGUCCCGUGUCGGCCAGACAGCUGUGUCACGGCAACGUAACAGAGCUUCCUGAGAGGUCGUCAGAGGAGUACCAGGCGUGGGUGAACAGGCUGGCUCACGUGAUAGUUGGCAUCCAAGAGCGGGGCUCCUUCACCAGCCCUUGGUCCCUCAUGGCCUGCCUGCUGCUCCAGGAACCCCUCUCGGUCCUGACGGACAGCGGCCUGGCUUGGCGUCAGCUCGCCGAGAGGACGCUGUGGCUUAAGAGGCUGGCGCUGGACUUUGGGGCUCGGCUGAACUGGCCUGGACGCGUGUCUGACUGGGAGGUGAUGUCAUCUGCCGUGGCGCUCCACCACACCUCCGUCCACCUCCAGGGGGAGCGUGUCUUCCUGGUUGGGGACGAGGACGCGGCAGCCGGCCGGGAGCCAAUCAGCGCAGAGGACGGCGUCUCCAAGAUGGCGGCGCCCGUGUUGAUGAUGGCGUCCUACCGCAACCAGACACUGCACCUGUUUGUCCGUCCUGCCCUCUUGGCCGUGGCGCUGAAGCUCGCAGGGUGCGGUCGCAGAGAUGACAUCUUUGCAUCCUUCUGCUUCCUUCAGGAUGUCUUCCGAAGUGAAUUCAUCUUCAUUCCUGGCAACUCCUCGCAGGACUUUGAGGAGGCGUGUUUGCUCCUGGAAAAACGUGGCACCGUGCAUGUGGUCGGCCAACAGGAAGUGAUGCCGUCAGAGGACGGCGUGGAGGUGUUGUCCUUCCUGCGGGGGCUCCUGCAGCCCUUCAUUGACUCAUAUCAGGUGUUUUUUGAUUUUGUACCCUCACCGAUCGUGAUCAUGACGAUGAUCACGUUAGGGUUGCUUCCUCCCCAGGUGAUGUUGGGGUUCCUGUGUGAGCAGGAAGCUAACGUGAUCACGGAGGAGGAUUUCCUGCCUGCAGUGAGAAGUCUGGCCUCAAAACUCAUCCUAUCAGGUGAUCUCCGCACCUACGAGACCCUCUCGUCGGACACCCAAAAGAACGUCCUGUCGUCCCUCAGGAGGCUGGCGGCUGUGACAAAGUUGAAGGCGUCUGAGCAGAAGAAGUACAGCGUGGACAAAGAUGCUGUGGGAAGAAUAGCAGACACGCUCUCUGGGAAAAUCCGCCCCCAGAUGCUCUAGACUGAACCUGACGCAAGACUUUAGUCCCCGUUGGAAGACGUCCAAGCUCAGCAGCAGACCACAUCCUCGCUCUCACCUCAGCGUGAACCCUUACGCCAUUUGGCUUCAUCCCCCCAUCGCCGCUAAACCCAAAAACAUCUCCUCUGACAACUGUACAUUACAAAUACUGUACUUUUUAUAGACGAGGAAUGGGGCCGGGGGCCAGGGGGGCAGCAUAUUUGAAGAUGUAUUUGCGUGAGAGCCAUACUGUAUCACAUUUUUUCACUUUGGAUAAAAAAACUGAAUGCGUGCCUUUUUAAGCAAGAUCAACAAUUUUACAAAGUAACGUGUCUCUGAACGGAUUCUUUUUCAUAACAUUGUUAAACUGAAGCAUAAAAUACUUUUACCGUUAAUGCGACCUCCGUACUCCGCAUCUUUAUUUGUUUGCUGUGCUAGCUGACUGUCUGAUGAAAGGAGACCUCGCAAUGACCCGGCUAGGCUAGCGCAUUCUCCAGUAAUAUUCCACUUUUGGUGUCUGACCUGGAAAAAUACAGGAAGGACAGCGGGCAUUGGCAUUGGCAUUGGCUCUGGACACCCCCACUGGAGGAGAAGUUUGAUAUAAUUUUUAACAUUGUGAUAUCUCUAAUCUUUUACUUUAGAAUGUCAGUAAAAAAAAACACACUGAAAAAAAAUGGAAAAAUUGGCCAAUAUAGUUAGUGUUAAAUGAAUAUUUAAUGAACAAAAAUAAAGUUGCCAAGUCAAUAUUCAGAGUAGUCAUAACAUUAGAAGAAAUAUUAGAGAAUAAAGUCAUAAUAAAGUCAAGAAUAAAGCAAGACUUUUACAAGAACUUAUGUUACGAGCAUUUUGUUGUUAGAUCAAAUCUAAUAUGAAAUAAAAGUUAAUUCUCCAAGAAUAAAAUAAGUACCAUCACAAAAGUAACAUUAUGAGAAUAAAGUUGGGUUUUUAACAAGUGAACAUCAAAAUUACCGCAAAAAUGGUUAGGAAAGAAACGCAAAGUUAGCCUUAGCUGAAUAAAGUGCUGAUAUUUACUUUGAAAAAUUUAAAUGUUCCAUAAAUAAAGUAGCAAAGUCAAUAUGCACCGAAGUAGUCAUGAUAUUACAAGAAAUACGUAGAGUAUGCGGUGUAAAGUGUGUAAAGUCCUGACACAAGAAUAAAGUACUACAAGAAGAUGGAAUGUUAUUAACUAAUAUUAUUAUGGAGAAAAAACACCUACAGUAACAUCCCAUCAAGUCACAAUGGGGGGGAAACAUUUAUCAAACACAAUCAAAUUGAAUUCUAUUUAGAAUAUAAAUGAAAAGAAACAGGAGAACUGCUCCUAGAGUCAAGUAAGUAACACCACAGAAGUUGGCAUUUUGGAGUGUAAAAUGGAACGCUGCGACAAUAAAGUUUGAUUUCACCAGACAACGAGCGAACGUCAAGAUCACCGCAAACGUUCUCAGACUAUUCCUACUACCAGCACUACUACAAGUCUAGUUUUCACGUGACACAUGGCAUCAAAACAACAGCUGGCGCUAGACUACAACCUUUAACCAUCCGUUUGUUUCUAGCCAAUCAAAAGCCUGAAGAAAGUCAAGGAGGGAAAAGGCGGAACAGAAAUGUGCACGUGUUUUAAUAGAGAAUGUCAAACACCAUAAAGCACGUC